AUGGAGAAUCAGUACAAUUAUCCAACUGAUGAUAGAAUUCGACAACAGCAAGCCAAAGUCCAAGAGGUCGUUGGGAUUAUGAAGGAUAAUGUUAACCGUGUCCUGGAGAGAGAAACCCGUCUGGCAGAAAUCGAUACUCGAGCAGAUGAAUUACAAGUGCAAUCAAAACAAUUUCAAGCCGUUGCUGGUCGUGUACGAAGGAAAUACUUUUGGCAAAAUAUGAAGAUGUGGGCUAUUUUGGCUAUGCUGGGUCUUGUAAUUCUUGUGAUUAUUAUAGUGUGGUCAGUAUCUAACAGGAAAACUUAGUUCCUUCUUUCCAUCUUCGAUCCAUACUAACUGUGAACAC